AUAGCGACUAAGCAAAACCCGCACACCUACGCGACAUUAUUUAUUUUAAUAUCAAAGUGGAAUCUUGGUGCAUAAGUUUUCACACAAAAAAAUGGGCCUUUCUACCGGGGCCGGAGCCAAAUUUGCACUCGCGUGGGCCGUCAGCGCCGCAAUCAUCUUUAACGAUGUUCACGGACAGAACACGACGAGCAGGGCUUACUGUUUCCAGUUCACAUGGCUCGGGCCCGAGUUCACUGAAGAGAGCACCGUGAAUGGCACGUGCAACGACAUGGACAACAAACCGUCCGUCUGCGUCGAUCCUCUCGUUUACACAAACGACGGAACAUUUCCGAACACAACCAACAUGUGGGAGGACGCGGACAUUCGAAGCAGGGUUACCUGCAGACUGGCGAAGAAUGAGGUCUGUGCUAAGUGGACCUUCACAUACAACAAUCAAUUGGAGAACGUGACCUAUCUAUGCACAAAAGUCACAGAGGACAACAAAUACGCCGUGAGGAGUGGGUGUCGGAUGCAGGAAAAAGAGGGUCGUCAAAUCGAGGUGUGCAUCUGCACAACCCCCGUCGGUUUGAACAACUUGGCACCCCCUUGCAACGAGGCCGCCCUUCGCUCGGCGGCGCCACUGCUGCUGUUCGCCGUCGGGGUGGUGCUCGCUCUGCUCACCAGAUAGCCACCCCUGUCCUAACCCCGCAAAAACCCUUUCCCAUCCCUUCCCUUUCCGCGUGCCCAAAACCUAGCGAGCGACUUUUAUUUAUUUUAUUUUCUACUAUGCGUGGACGUGCGCCGCCCUUUUCACAUACGCACUGAAUGAUGCAGCCGCCCCAUGUGAAUUAUUCACCCCCUCAAGAAAAUGUACACACAAAAAAGAAGAAAAGAAAGAGAGCGGCCCACCGGCGAUGAAUUAUUUUUAGUGCAACCCUGCCCGGUUUUUGCCAGUUAAAUGUUAAUGAGAUGAAGCAAAAAGUAUAAAGAGAGGCAGAGGCAGCUCGGACCCGGCAGAACUUUGAAUCAGGAACCGGAAAACUGCAUGAUUGUGAUAUAAUUUUAAAUAAAAUAAUUUGGUCGUUUUAAAAAGACCAUGCAUAUUGAAAAAUUUUGUAUUUUAAAAUGAACAUUCGUAAAAAAAAAAUAAACAAAUUAAUUAUGUAAUGAAUAGAUUUUGUAAUAUUUUUAUUGAAAAUAAAGUAUAUGCUCAAGAUAAGCAUUUGUGAA